AUGGACUUGAGGUCAUUAUCAACGGCCGACUUGAGAGCUCAGUUCAAGGCGCAUGGGUUCCCAUGCCAAACACUCAAACAAGACCAGCUUCUCAUUAUCUGUGAAGCAUUUGGUGAACAACAGAAAGCUUCUGAGACCCAAUCUGGCCAAACGUUCCGCAACCCAGCCCCUGUGAUCCCGUCAAGCUCAUCCAAUGAUGUUGAGGCUUGGCCUAGUGGUUCAGAUGAUGAUGAGCCGCAUCAUCCUUCCUGCUACAAUAUGCAUCGACGCACAGCAGCCGAAAUCGAGGUCAUGCGGAAGACUCAGGUGAACCAAAUAUCUCAAAUUGACAAAAUCUUACGAGUGAUCAAUGAAAUGAAUGAUCGCAUGACUCCCGACAAAGACAUCCCAGUCGGCAAAUCACAACGCACCCCCGUACAACGAUCUGAUUUGCGCAAGCUGGUACGGCAACAUUGUGCGAUACUCUUAGGGUGGUCCACCCAAUCCAAGAUUUUCCACGUCCAGCCACCGAAGCAAGUCAAGAUCAUCCAGAAAAUGACUUAUCAAGCAGGUGUCCGCCGAUUCGCCCCGAAUUCCUCUGAUAACAAGUUCCUUUGGGAUCUGGCACUAGACAUCUUUGUUGAGCUGAUGAAAUGCGGUGAAUACGCUGGCGUAGACAUGGACCACCAGGAUCCCCAAAUUAUCGCCUCUGAAAUGCGCAAAUAUGUCAGAGAAACGCUAGCGUACAAAAAGGAGAACCUAUGGACCCUGGAAAAACAAACCAACCACACCAGCCUCCAAAAGCGCAGAGGUCGUCGAUUACAUCUGGUUGAAACACGCCUAGGUACAGCCAGUCAAAUUGGUGGCUUAGAAUGUUUAUAUCCAGUUAUCAAAGCGGCUAGUAGUGAAGACCAGACCGACUACGAAGAGGCCCCUCUGAAGAACCGCAAACGAGGUCGCAAACACUGCAAGAUCAUGGCUGUUCCUUGGCGUAGUUCGAAAAUGACGCAGAUUUUCAUCCAGCUUGAUGAGAUUAGUGCCCAUCAAAGGGACAUAAGUUUCUCAAAGCCCAGCGGACCACCACCCCAUGUUCAAAGCUGA